UUUGAAGUGAAACUUAAACGAAACCCUGAUCAGACAAAAAGACUGCUGGAAAAGUGCGGAAAUGUUGAAUUAAAAUGAACAGCAAAUUAAAUAAAGUUGAUAAACUCGGUCACCACCAAGGACGGCUAUGGAUGCCAAAUAUGCAUCGUAACCUCAUGCGUGCGACAACAUUUUUAAAUUACUACUUUAAUGAGAAGUGCAAACCGCUGGAAUCAUGUGCGCAAAUGAAAUAAAGUGAAAGGAGAAGUCCAAACGGAGGGUGCGUCUAUGGGGAUGAUCCCAGAGUGGGGGCGUCCCCCUUCUCUGCCCCCCGUAUAAAAGUCCACCCUCCAUCUUGGUCAGAGUUUGGUGUCUCAUCCCCGUCGCCAGGCUUGGGCAUCCGCCAUCCUGUCCUUCUGUCUGUCCUUCCUUUUCAUCUCGUUGUCCUUUCUGCUAAAGAAAAAAAAAUAACUUGAGUUAGCCAAAAUGGAGGCCAUCAAGAAGAAGAUGCUGAUGCUCAAGCUGGACAAGGAGAACGCUCUGGACCAGGCCGAGCAGGCGGAAGCCGACAAGAAAGCGGCGGAGGACAGAAGCAAACAGCACGAGGACGAGCUCCUGCAGAUGCAGAAGAAGCUGAAAGGGACGGAGGACGAGCUGGACAAAUACUCAGAGGCGCUCAAGGAUGCUCAGGAGAAGCUUGAGGUGGCCGACAAGAAGGCCGCUGACGCAGAGGCAGAGGUGGCCUCCCUGAACAGGCGCAUCCAGCUGGUGGAGGAAGAAUUGGACCGAGCCCAGGAGAGGCUGGCCACCGCUCUACAGAAGCUGGAGGAGGCCGAGAAGGCAGCCGACGAGAGCGAAAGGGGCAUGAAGGUGAUCGAGAACAGGGCCCUGAAGGACGAGGAGAAGAUGGAGCUCCAGGAGAUCCAGCUGAAGGAGGCCAAGCACAUCGCAGAGGACUCAGAUCGCAAGUACGAGGAGGUGGCUCGUAAGCUGGUGAUCGUGGAAGGUGAACUGGAGCGUACGGAGGAAAGAGCCGAGCUGGCUGAGGCGAAAUGUGCCGAGCUGGAGGAGGAACUGAAGAACGUCACCAACAACCUCAAAUCUCUGGAGGCGCAGGCGGAGAAGUAUUCACAGAAGGAGGACAAAUAUGAGGAGGAGAUCAAGAUCCUGACAGAUAAACUGAAAGAGGCCGAGACCAGAGCAGAGUUUGCUGAGAGGUCUGUGGCCAAGCUGGAGAAGACUAUCGAUGAUCUGGAAGAUGAGCUGUAUGCGCAGAAGCUCAAGUACAAAGCCAUCAGCGAGGAACUGGACCACGCGCUCAAUGACAUGACCUCCAUCUAAACACCCAGGAAGCCCUACUCUCCUCCUCAAACGUGCCCCUUCUCUUCCUCUUCCACGACAUGUUUUGAGCUCUUUCUCACCUUUUUGCAAAAUCCCACUAAACAGCGUUUUUCGGUCCCAGUCAAACCUUUUCUUUAUCAUUCUUUGUAACGAUAUUAAAAACAAGAGCAAGGUC